CAUCUUUCCAAAUCGGGCAGUUGUGGGUCUUACAGCGCGUAGCCGUUCUCAUAGUAUCGAUUCUAGUAGGACUGUGAGCAAGAGUACGCCUUCGGAUUCGAACGAACGGGCGUCUGAAUUCGAGAAGGGGAAGAAAGAAAAACUAGAUGGUGUAGACGAUGAACAAGCAUCUCCAGUCAAGACUUCUGAGCAAAACAAGAUUCUCAUUACAUCUUCCAGUGAUACACCACAAAAACCAGCGGUCUCAACCUGGCUGUAUUUCUU